AUGAAAGAUGUUUAUUCACUAUUUGCUACAAGUUCACCAUCAGUGUCAAAUUAUACUAUCAAUAGUUCAACAUCAACAAUUAUUUAUCCUAUUUAUCAUCAUCAUCAUCAUUCAAUUAAUAAAACAACCAUCAAACGUAAAAGAGUUUCGCGAUCAUCGUCACAACAGAUAUCAUCAUUAUCAUCAACAACGGUCACAACUGUCACUUUCAUUUCUCGUUCAAUUACAGCAGGUAGUGGUCGUUUAUUUAUUGAUGAUAGUCAACACACUGCAUAUUCAGCUAAAACUGGUUUAAAAACAGCUGCAUUACUUGGAGGAAUGUUAAUAUUGGUCAUUAUAUAUUUAUUAUGGAAACAACGUGGUAAAUGUAGAUCGCGUACAAAUCAAGAGAAAAAAUUUGAUUUAGACUAUUGGUUAAAACAAGUCGAUCUCAUACAACAAAAAGAAACACAAAACUAUACAAAAGAUAUUUUUCUUCAAUUACCUACGGAUAAACCCCGUGAUACAUACGAAGCAACAGCAACAUGGAUAUUAGACACGUACAAACAAUGGCGUCUAGCCCAAUACUAUCGUUACAAUAGUUUGACUAGGACACCUGCCCCUAUUCAUGAAUCACUAACAACUACUACACCAAUUUCAAAACGGCUGAGAAAUUUUUUAAAACGUCGGCAUAACCAACGUUUAAAUAUUCAUCGACGUAUUCGUAAUAUAUUAACGUUUUCGUCUACGCCAGGGAGGACUCUAUUACCACUAAUAAAGAUUGAUACUUCGCGAUUAGAUACAGAAUUAAAAAUAUGUAUAUCAAAACAGCAAGAAGAUCAAACACAAGAACAAAAUCGUAUAACACCAUCAAUAUCGUUUUAUGAUGAACAUGUACCACGUACAAGUAAAGAUGUUCCAAUAUCUAGACAAAAUAUCUUAACGUGGAGCAUGUAUCAUCGUCAUCGUGCACAUUCAUGGCCAAAAUUACGUCCAAAUCACUCGAAUACGGCUGCUAGAGCACAACGUAUCCGAAAACGUCUGUUGAAUACAUUGCCGUCUACGUCAUCAUUAACUUCCGUUCAACAACUGCCUAUACAAGAAAUUAAUAAUGUGUUACGUUUAACAUUAGUGAAUCGUCCAAAAGAGACUAUUUUGUAG